GACAUAGACAGAGAAGAAAAUGGUCACGUGGUUAGUCACGCGUUGUAGUGGAUUUAACUGAAAGAACGAAGCAUAGUUUGUGUACAAACAAGUACUACGUUUGUUUAUGUAAAUAUCUUGCAUUGGAUUGAAAUGGCAAGUUCUCGCCAUUGGAGAAGAAUAUUUGCAUCAGUUACAAGUCAAACAAACAUAAAAUACGCUACAGCUGCAAUCUGUACAGCUGGAGGGUCGGCCAUUGUUUGGAAGACUUUUCGUUCAGAAACAGAGCCAACCAAUAAUUGGUUGAAUACAAGGACAGCAAGAGCAGCCUCCGUUGAAACUACAAGCACACUUUCAAAGCCACUGGCGGCGAGGCAGGUAGCGGAUAAACCAGGGAAGGAAAAUGCGAUGCAAACGAGAGAAAAUCGUUUUCGUAACUUUGCAUCCUUGCAAAUGGGAGAAGACCUUUACAUGACGCCACAAGAUUUUUUGGAAUCUGUCAGCGACGAAUCCCCGAGACCCAGGAUAGGCCAACUCAAGCUUACAGAAAGCGACGUGAAACGGAUGCUUGGAAAAACUCCGGACCGAAAUAAGAACUCGUCCAGAUUCUUUCGUUCGUUGCACAACAACGGGUUGAUAUCAUACGCAGAGUAUUUGUUCCUACUAUGCAUACUAACAAAACCGAUAUCAGGCUUUCAGAUCGCGUUUAAUAUGUUUGAUAUGGAUGGCAACCAACGAGUCGACAGGAAAGAGUUUAUGGUGUUGAGCGAAAUUUUUCGGAAACGAAGCGAGAAAUCAACCGAUGGAAACGAGUUCCGCGACAAUCGCGAAGCAAAGAAGGACUUCCGAACACUGUCGGAACUUCGUCGGGUGGUAAAGGACGACGACCACACGGUACCAGACACCACAUUACUUGUGCAUUUGUUCGGCAGGAAUGGGAAGAAUGAUCUCAGCUAUGGCGACUUCCAUAGGUUUAUGGACAACUUGCAGACCGAAGUUUUGGAAAUUGAAUUCCUCGAGUACAGUCGUGGUAUGGCCACCAUAUCGGAGGUAGACUUCGCACGGAUGCUGCUCCGCUUCACGGAGGUUGCGGAUAUCGAGGAGAACAUCGAGAAACUCCGUGAAAGGAUCCCAGAGGAGAAGGGAAUUACAUUUGAAGAGUUUCGAUCUUUCUUCCAAUUCUUAAACAACUUAGAAGAUUUCGCAAUCGCAAUGCAGAUGUACACGCUUGCUGGUCGGUCUAUUGGACAAGACGAGUUCAUGCGAGCCGUCCAAGUCUCCACCGGCCACAAACUAUCGGAGCAUAUUGUCCACACGUUGUUUCAAAUCUUCGAUAAAGACGGUGACAACCGACUCAGUCACGUGGAGUUCAUUGGUGUGAUGAAGGAUAGGAUCCACCGCGGGUUCAGGCGACACGGAAUAAACCGGGAGUUUAUUGGAAUAAGCGGCUUCUCUAAAUGCGUUGAUCGCGAGUUUCGGACCUAUGCUCGCGAACUCGCCACGCACUCACAGAGCCGAAAGAUAUUUUUCUGACUCCGGCCCUGCUACCGUUAUUGUCCUGCGGCUUUGUUUGUUGAAAAUGCGAGUCCUUAGACGUUGCUCGCCCUUUCUCUGCUUGUUAUUUUGGUGCCUUAAUUUGCUGCUUCCAUGAAUUGUAUAUAACUCAUAAAGUGAAAGUUUCUUGAAAAGUGAAAACGAAUUUGCCUAAAAACUUGUCCAUGUUUACUGUGCAUGAAUUUCACGCAAUUGUCCAUUGGUGCUCUCACACUUGAUAUGACCAACACCCACUUGGGAAACUCAUUCGUUGUUAUAAGCAAUAACAAUGCAUGUUGGUGGUCAAUACCAGGGCUGCAUGAAGUUAAUGAAUUUUGCAACAGUAAAAGGCUGCGUGUUGAGUUUUAAACACCUCGUACAUCUCAGCUGGUGCAUUCUAAUUUCCCAUCUCUUUAAACGGGCGAAUCACCCAGUAAAAUACCAAAAAAAUUAACGAAAUUGUGCCAAAACCUAAAUUGUACCAUAAAUUUUAUAUUUUU